GUUUUCGGCAAAAUCAUAAUAUUUUUAAUAUACAGCUGCUGGAUUUUCUGUCUUAUUUAAACAAUUUAAUUUUGGCCACAGAUGACUGAUGCUAUGUCCGAAUCUAAAAAGAAAUGUAGACAGUACAGUGUUGACUAUUUGAAAUUUGGCUUCAUUCCAUCAUUGCCGGACAACCAAUCGCCUAUGUGCCUUUUAUGCAACAAUGUUUUGGGCAAUGCCGCUAUGAAACCAUCUAAACUGCAAGAUCAUCUGAGAAGAUGCUACCCUGAUAAAACAGAGAAAGAUUUAGUUACUAAAAAAAAAAUUGAGUGCAUGAAUCACUUCAUUUGGUCAUUGAUGCAGUAAACCGAAUCCGAAGCAACGCGUUGAAUACGCGGUUAUUUGCGCAGUUGUGU